CCAUGUGCCCAGGACUCGCCGGGAGAUCCUGGAGACCCUCAUCAAGGGGCUGCAGCGGCUGGAGUACAGAGGCUAUGACUCUGCAGGGGUGGGAGUUGAUGGUGGGAACGACAAAGACUGGGAAGCCAACGCCUGCAAGAUUCACCUCAUCAAGCAGAAGGGCAAGGUGAAGGCUCUGGAUGAGGAGGUUCACAAGCAACAGGACAUGGAUCUGGACAUCGAAUUUGAUGUGCACCUGGGGAUUGCCCACACUCGCUGGGCCACCCACGGGGAGCCCAACCCCAUCAACAGCCACCCCCAGCGCUCCGACAAGAACAAUGAGUUCAUUGUCAUCCACAAUGGCAUCAUCACCAACUACAAGGACCUGAGGAAGUUCCUGGAGAGCAAGGGCUACGACUUUGAGUCGGAGACAGACACGGAGAGCAUUGCCAAGCUGGUCAAGUACAUGUAUGACAACAGGGACAGUGAUGACAUCAGCUUCACCACCCUGGUGGAGAGGGUGAUCCAGCAGCUGGAAGGUGCUUUUGCCCUGGUCUUCAAAAGUGUUCAUUACCCAGGCCAAGCAGUUGGCACCAGGCGAGGCAGCCCCCUGCUGAUAGGAGUGCGGAGCGAGCACAAGCUCUCCACUGACCACAUCCCCAUCCUGUACCGCACCGGGAAGGACAAGAAGGGAAGCUGCAGCCUGUCCCGUGUUGACAGCACCACCUGCCUGUUCCCUGUGGAGGAGAAGGCUGUGGAGUACUACUUUGCCUCGGAUGCUAGUGCUGUCAUUGAGCAUACCAACAGAGUGAUUUUCCUUGAAGAUGAUGACGUGGCAGCCGUGGUGGACGGCCGCCUCUCCAUCCACCGCAUCAAGCGCACCGCGGGAGACCACCCCGGCCGUGCCGUCCAGACCCUCCAGAUGGAGCUGCAGCAGAUCAUGAAGGGUAACUUCAGCUCAUUCAUGCAGAAGGAAAUAUUUGAGCAGCCAGAGUCUGUUGUUAACACCAUGAGAGGAAGGGUCAACUUUGAUGACUACACAGUGAACCUGGGUGGGCUGAAGGAUCACAUCAAGGAGAUCCAGAGGUGUCGCCGCCUGAUCCUGAUCGCCUGCGGCACCAGUUACCACGCCGGCGUGGCGACCAGGCAGGUUCUGGAGGAGCUGACUGAGCUACCUGUGAUGGUGGAACUGGCCAGUGACUUCCUGGACAGGAACACUCCUGUCUUCAGAGAUGAUGUCUGCUUUUUCCUCAGCCAGUCAGGGGAGACAGCAGACACCCUGAUGGGGCUGAGGUACUGCAAGGAGAGAGGAGCCCUGACCGUGGGCAUCACCAACACCGUGGGCAGCUCCAUAUCGCGGGAGACCGACUGCGGGGUGCACAUCAACGCAGGCCCCGAGAUUGGGGUGGCCAGCACCAAGGCCUACACCAGUCAGUUCAUCUCCCUGGUGAUGUUUGCUCUGAUGAUGUGUGACGACAGAAUCUCCAUGCAGGAGAGGCGCAAGGAGAUCAUGAGGGGCCUGAAGGGGCUGCCAGACUUGAUUAAAGAAGUGCUGAGCAUGGAUGAUGAGAUCCAGAAGCUGGCCACAGAGCUGUACCACCAGAAAUCUGUCCUCAUCAUGGGCCGUGGCUACCACUAUGCUACAUGCCUGGAGGGAGCUUUGAAAAUCAAGGAGAUCACCUACAUGCACUCGGAGGGGAUCCUGGCGGGGGAGCUGAAGCAUGGCCCCCUGGCGCUGGUGGACAAGCUGAUGCCUGUGAUCAUGAUCAUCAUGAGAGACCACACCUAUGCCAAGUGCCAGAACGCUCUGCAGCAGGUCAUAGCACGGCAGGGGCGACCUGUUGUGAUCUGUGAUAAGGAAGACAUUGAGACCAUCAAGAACAACAAGAGGACAAUCAAAGUUCCCCACUCAGUGGACUGUCUGCAGGGGAUCCUGAGUGUCAUCCCCCUCCAGCUGCUGGCUUUCCACCUGGCAGUUCUCAGAGGCUAUGAUGUUGAUUUUCCAAGAAAUCUGGCCAAGUCCGUAACUGUAGAGUGAACAGAGACCAUCUGCCUCCUUCCUAGGGGCAAAGGGGGAUUCAGUGAGAGACUCUUUGCUUUUUGGUACCAAACUCAGUUGAUUUCCAAGCCCCCUAGCUCAACCUUCUUUUGCUCAAGCCUUGUUUGUGUCCCAGCCCACCAUGAUUCCAUUGCAUUAGUGAUUGUCCAGUUGAUUCCACCUUGCUGUGUCCAUAGCUUUGGGGUUGGUUGGUUUGUUUUGUACUUUUUUUCCAGUGCCAGACCUUCCCUGGAUGUUUUUUCUUUAAGGAUUUCUCAGUCUUCUAGGCAGGUAAAGGAGCCUCCACCUGGCUUUGGAGAGCUUGGGGCUCAGUUCAGUUGCUGGGGAGAAACCAUUGAGUGAAUUUCCUGUUGUGCUCUCAGGGGCAGGAUACCAGAGCAGAAACUGGAACCAGAGCUGUUCCUGGUCCUGCCUGUGCAGCUUUUUGAGGUGGAAGCAAGGAUUUGGGGGUCAGUUUCUGCCUGGUGUACAAAAGGGGAAUUCAACUGCUCUGUUGCAGCCUCCGCAGUUUGAAGGCCAUGGGAACUGUGCUAAGCAAACAUUGCUUCAGAAGGGUUUAACCUAUGCCAAAUACCUAGCAAGUGACAAUCUCCUGGCCUGGCUGGGCCACCACUCUGUGUGACACCAGCAGCUCCCUGCAGCUGUGCCCAUGAAGCCAGAGGAGCUCCCUGGCUGAUGUAGUGUGGGGGGGAGGAAGAGGAGCAGUGCUUGGCCUCUGCUGGUGCUUUGGUGGUGCUGUGGUGAUGUUUUUCUUUGGAACAAGUAGAAGCCUUCCUGUGUUGAGGAUUUCUCCUCCCCCCUCUUGAACCAAGCACUGUGGCACUAGAAACACAUCCUG